AUGAAUGAACUAGUUUUCUAAAAUGCAACAUCUAUACCAAGCAAGCAAAUAACUAUCCCUGUAGAGAGAAUAUUUGGCUAAAAUAAACCUGGCUUUGGUAAAUCUGAAUUUAGAUUGAAUUAAAUGGAACCCAAUUAAAUAAUGCAGCUUUUAACUGAUAAAUUUAGUAAUGUUAGUCUGAGUAAAACUCAAAGAUCUCAUUCAUUUUAUUCAAGAGAUAGCGAUGCUAGUACAGAAGCUAGUGUUAAUAAAUUCAUAUUAAAAAAAAAGCCUGUUUCAACUAGGAUUCAUAUUCCUGCUCAUAAAAAUCAUUAUGCAUAAAUUUAGUUAGAAAUAGAAAAAGAAAGAGAAGCCAAGAUAAAAUAAAAUUUAGAUUUUUAAUAAGAAAAUGAAGGGUAGAUGAAUAUCCUUCACCAAGAUAAAGGGAAAUUAUAAAAAUUAAAAAUGGAUAGACUUGCUAAAAAAAUGGCAAAAGAAGAAGACAAACCUAUAAUAGAAAGGAUCAAUGAUGCUAACAAGGAAUUUUUGAAAAAUUUGUAUGAAUUAAAUGAGGAUCUAAUAACUCCUCAGUAAAAGAAAUUCAAAAAUACAGUUAAAUAUAAGUAAACCUAUUAAUCUUCUUUUAAAGUUAAGGAAAGAGAGGAUAUGGCAAAUUUAAAGAAAAAGAAUAAAUAUGCUCCUGGUCCUGGUGAUUAUGAAGUAAAGAGAAUAUAUGAAAAUAACCUAAAAAUAAAUAAAAUUCGCUCGAUUUCUAUGCAACAAUAAGGAAUAAUUUAAGAAAACCUUGAUGAAGAGGAGGAUAGUAGAAAUAUAAGUCAACUAAAUAGAAUUAAAAGUAGAUUAAAUAAGGCUUUAAAUAUUGAUUAAGAGCAAGAGUAUGAAUCUAUGAGAAAUGAAUUAAUGAGCAAUAAUUACUAAUCAACAAACGAUAACUCUUAAAAUACUUCUUACAUGUUUAUGAAGGAUGAUAGAGAUAGAUUUGGUUAAUAAAUUUUUCCUUUAAGCAGUUAAAUUCCAGUUCCUGGUCCUGGAAAGUACGAAUAAAACUAAUACUCAAUAGAAAAGAGACUGUAAGCAAUACAAUCUUAAGAAGAAUAAAAAAGAUUAUUAAAAAUAUGGCUUCAUCCUGGAGGUAAAGACGAGCUCAAGACUGUCAAGGGUUCUUAGCAAAUAAGAAACUAUUCUUUGGAUCCAGAAGGGCCUAUCCACCUUAAAAAUUAUUAAUGA